AGUGCAAUGGGUGAAAAGCCAAAAAGAUCUCAGUUUUAUAUUUUAAACAUGGAUCCUUUUCAGAUCCCCGACAGGUCCGUUGCAGAGAUUGAAGUGCUAUCUGAUGGGAUCACCCAAAGCAGUCUUCAAAGUGGGACUCGGGGGUUAAACCAGCCAGGAGCUUUCCAUGAGGGAGUAUCUAGAAACUCCUAUCCGUUAGAACCAGGUGGGUGUCAAAAUGCUGAUGCUGUAUCUGAUAGUAAAAGCAAGUUGAAGCGGACAAGGACCGAUCAACAAGCAGCUGCUGGUGCUGGGGAUGUAAAAGCCAAGAAGGCUCGUGUGGAGGACCCCACAAGGGAGAUUCCUGAUGCUGUGUUUCUUGAGACCUGUGCCAAGCUGCAACCCAUUCUAGUAGCAAAACAAGAGAACGAAAAGAUUAUUGAAAAAGCAAAGGCUGCGAUCAAAAGGCUGGAAGCCAGAUCCCUCGAAGUGAUGAGAAGCCAUCUAGCGAAUUACCUCGAAGUGAUGAAAAGCCAUCUAGCGAAUAAUAAAGCUGAUAAUGUUUAUUUAGAUUGCACAGCUAAUGUAACACAGGUGGGUGCAGGUUUGCCACAGAAUGCCCCACAUGCUGAUCCUGCACAGAGUCCCAAAAGUCAGUCAUCGGGGUCUGAUGGAGAUGGGGAUGGGGGGCCUGAAUGCGGAGCCGGAGCCAGGGCCGUAAAAGCCCUGGUCCGUGUCGAUGCCAGCCAGACAUCCUUGGGGCCGGGGACCACCAACAGAUUCACCUCUGCAGAGCAGAGGGGUCUUUGA